AUGGCCGAGCAAUUAGAGAAAAAAGAUUCCAAUUUAAAUACUCUUAGAGACAAUGUAAAUCAACUUGAAUCUCAGUUUGAGAAAUUACGUGAAGACGUUAUUUCAAAAUUAAAGGAAUGCAGUGAUUGCAUUAAAUCAGCUAAACAGUUAUGCCACGAAGCAACAGAAACAACAACAAUCUUAGAAAACAAAUUAGUUAAUGCAUCGAAUGAAGAAAAAGAAUGGAAAGACAUCAAAGUUAAGUUAGCAACAACAUCAAUUCAAGGUAAAGUCAUUCUUGAUGUCGGAGGUGAGAAAUAUACAACAAGCGUUGAAGUAUUAACACGUGAAAAAGACACUUUUUUUACUGCUCUCUUCUCUAAACAAUGGCAACUUGAAAGAGACCCUGAUGAUAAAAGUAUAUUCAUCGAUCGAAAUGGGAAAAUCUUUACUUAUAUUCUUGAAUAUUUUCGAACAAAUACAGUGCCGACUAAUGUUUUGAAAGAUGAAACACUUAUAACUAGUCUUAUAAUUGAAGUUGAAUAUUUCCGCUUGAAGAGUCUCCUAGAUAUUUUAAUGGGUACACUUUUCCCAAAUGGAACAUUGCUUAAAUUAGAACAUAAGAAAAAAUUGAAUGACUUUUACGGUAAAACUAAUCAACAAUGGGAAUUGAUUUAUAAAGCAACGCGUGAUGGAUUUGAUGCAAAUGCGUUUCAUUCACACUGUACUGAUAAAGGGCCGACAAUAACAAUUAUUCAAUCAAAUAAUAAUUAUCUCUUUGGAGGUUAUACAGCUAUUCCAUGGACUUCCUCCGAUCGUUCAUAUAAGAGUGAUACAACAGCAUUUCUAUUCUCAUUGACCAAUCCUCACAGUAUUCCACCGACAAAAUGCCUCACCGAUAGCAGUAAGGCAGUACACACAGUUCAUCACGGCAGUGUCAAGGGUCCAACCUUUGGAUAUGGUCACGAUAUUUACUUAGCAAAUGUUAGCAAUGCAAACAAUUCAAGUUACACUAAUUUUCCUAAUAUAUACCUCGAUACAACUGGAAAGGGUAAUAAUACAUUCACUGGAACUAAAACUUUUACCACAUCUGACAUUGAAGUUUUCAAAUUAGCUUAA